AUGAAGCACCACGCACCUCGGAAUACGUCAUUUAUUCACUUGAACUCCACUAGCGAACACAUCACGUCUGGAAGAGGCAAAGGCGGCAAGGGACUCGGAAAGGGAGGCGCCAAGCGUCACCGCAAGGUUCUCCGCGAUAACAUCCAGGGAAUCACCAAGCCCGCUAUCCGCCGUCUGGCUCGCCGUGGCGGCGUGAAGCGUAUCUCCGGCCUGAUCUACGAGGAGACCCGCGGUGUCCUGAAGGUGUUCCUGGAGAACGUGAUCCGUGACGCCGUCACCUACACCGAGCACGCCAAGAGGAAGACCGUAACCGCCAUGGACGUGGUCUACGCUCUGAAACGCCAGGGACGCACCCUGUACGGUUUCGGCGGUUAAACGCACUCUUUUCGGAACGUCUACAUCCCGACUUGAACCCAAAGGCUCUUUUAAGAGCCACCCACAUCCGCUUCAAAAGGCCCAAUUCCAUAGUUAUAGGAAACCAUGAGCCACUCUCGUGGACAGGGAGUGUUGAUGACAGGACUCUUAUGUUCAGUGUAGAAACAGUCGUAUUUCGACGGCACCCAACCUUUAAUUCAUUUAUUAGACCUUUAUUUAACUAGGCAAGUCAGUUAAGAACAUAAUGUAAUUUUCAAUGACGGCAUAGGAACA